CCGUACUAUUACACCAUUUUUUCUCGGGUGGAGAGACAUUCUGCGGGUGUAGUGUCAGAGUAGGCUGCGCGCCGGAUAUUCCUGAUCGAACGAUACAGACGAAACAGAGUUUUAACGACUGGUCAAAUCCGCUUGCGUUAUCAAUUGAAGACAAAUAAACGCAUUCAGGUUUUGCUGACAUGGUAGAUUAUCACGCCACAAAUAAUCAAGUUCAACAAUAUCCUUCUGGCGGCCAAUACAUGGAACAGGAAAACGACUGGGACCGGGACCUGCUGCUCGACCCGGCCUGGGAGAAACAGCAGAGAAAGACAUUCACAGCCUGGUGCAACUCCCAUCUGCGCAAGGCUGGCACACAGAUUGACAACAUUGAGGAAGACUUCAGGGAUGGCCUCAAACUCAUGCUGCUAUUGGAGGUCAUUUCAGGGGAGAGGUUACCCAAGCCAGAGAGAGGCAAGAUGAGGGUUCACAAGAUCAAUAAUGUCAACAAAGCACUGGACUUCAUUGCCAGCAAGGGGGUCAAGCUGGUGUCCAUCGGUGCAGAAGAAAUUGUGGAUGGCAAUGCAAAGAUGACCUUGGGAAUGAUCUGGACCAUCAUCCUCCGUUUCGCCAUCCAGGAUAUCUCCGUGGAAGAAACCUCUGCCAAAGAGGGCUUGUUGCUGUGGUGUCAGAGGAAGACUGCUCCCUACAAGAACGUCAAUGUGCAGAACUUCCAUAUCAGCUGGAAGGAUGGGCUGGCUUUCAACGCGCUCAUCCACAGACACAGGCCUGAGUUGAUUGACUAUGACAAGCUUAGAAAGGAUGAUCCAGUGACCAACCUGAAUAAUGCUUUCGAAGUGGCUGAGAAAUACCUUGACAUCCCCAAGAUGUUGGAUGCAGAAGACAUCGUGGGCACACUGCGGCCCGACGAGAAGGCCAUCAUGACCUAUGUCUCCUGCUUCUAUCACGCCUUCUCUGGCGCCCAGAAGGCUGAAACGGCAGCCAAUAGGAUCUGUAAGGUCUUGGCUGUCAAUCAGGAGAAUGAACAUCUAAUGGAGGACUAUGAGAAACUGGCCAGUGAUCUGCUGGAGUGGAUCCGCAGGACCAUCCCCUGGCUGGAGAACCGCGCCCCGGAGAAGACCAUGGCGGAGAUGCAGCAGAAGCUGGAGGACUUCCGGGACUACCGCCGCGUGCACAAGCCGCCCAAGGUUCAGGAGAAGUGCCAGCUGGAGAUCAACUUCAACACGCUGCAGACCAAGCUGCGCCUGAGCAACCGGCCCGCCUUCAUGCCCUCUGAGGGACGCAUGGUGUCUGACAUUAAUGGAUCCUGGCACAAGCUGGAGGGAGCGGAGAAGGGCUACGAGGAGUGGCUCCUCAAUGAGAUCCGCCGCCUGGAGAGGCUAGACCACUUGGCUGAGAAGUUCCGUCAGAAAGCUACUAUCCACGAGGCUUGGACCGAUGGUAAGGAGGCAAUGCUGACCCAGAAGGACUUUGAGACGGCCUCCCUGUCUGAGGUGAAGGCUCUGCUCAAGAAACACGAGGCCUUUGAGAGCGACCUGGCUGCACACCAGGACCGCGUGGAACAGAUCGCCGCCAUCGCCCAGGAGCUCAAUGAGCUGGACUACUACGACUCCCCAAGUGUGAACGCACGUUGUCAGAAGAUCUGCGAGCAGUGGGAUACCCUGGGCUCUCUCACCCAGAAUCGCAGGGAAGCUCUGGAGCGGACAGAGAAGCAGUUGGAGUCCAUUGAUGAACUGUACCUUGAGUAUGCCAAGAGGGCAGCGCCUUUCAACAACUGGAUGGAGGGAGCUAUGGAGGACCUGCAGGACAUGUUCAUUGUGCACAACAUCGAGGAGAUCCAGGGGUUGAUCACAGCUCAUGAGCAGUUUAAAUCCACUCUGCCUGAGGCCAAUAAGGAGCGAGAGGCCAUUCAGGCCAUCCAGGCUGAGGUGCAAAAGAUUGCCCAGUACAACGGCAUCAAGCUGGCUGGAGCCAAUCCCUACACUUCCAUCACUCCUGAGAGCAUUGAUAGUAAAUGGGACAAGGUGCAGCAGCUAGUGCCCCAGCGUGACCAGGCUCUCCAGGAGGAGCUUGGACGCCAGCAGUCUAAUGAUCACUUGCGGCGCCAGUUUGCCAACCAGGCAAACAUCGUUGGACCAUGGAUUCAGAACAAGAUGGAGGAGAUUGGUAGGAUAUCCAUUGAGAUGAAUGGAACACUGGAGGACCAGCUGACCCACCUGAGGCAGUAUGAGCAGAGCAUCAUUGAGUACAAGCCCAACAUCGACCAGCUGGAGGGAGACCAUCAGCUCAUUCAGGAGGCCCUAAUCUUUGACAACAAAUACACCUCCUACACCAUGGAGCACCUGCGGGUGGGCUGGGAGCAACUGCUCACCACCAUUGCACGCACCAUCAAUGAGAUUGAGAACCAGAUCCUCACACGCGACGCCAAGGGCAUCAGCCAGGAACAGCUGCAUGAGUACCGUACUUCCUUCAACCACUUUGAUAAGGAUCACAGUGGUGCUCUGAUGGCUGAGGAGUUUAAGGCCUGCCUGAUCAGUCUGGGCUACGACGUGGAGAACGACAAACAGGGUGAUGCUGAGUUUGCACGCAUCAUGGGCAUUGUGGAUCCCAACAACAGUGGAGCAGUCACCUUCCAGGCCUUUAUCGACUUCAUGUCCAGAGAGACAACAGACACCGAUACGGCCGACCAGGUUAUCGCCUCCUUCAAGAUUCUGGCUGGUGACAAGAACUUCAUCACGGCAGAUGAGCUGAGGAGAGAGCUGCCUCCUGACCAGGCCGAGUAUUGCAUUGCGCGCAUGGCUCCCUAUGCGGGCCCUGAUGCCACCCCUGGAGCCCUGGACUACAUGUCCUUCUCCACCGCGCUCUACGGAGAGAGUGACCUCUAAAAGCACACACGCCAGGGGCAGACACCAGCUGUGGAUCAGGCAGGGGGAGAGGGAAGAGAGGGGCAAAAGAAUGCUCUGGGGGGAGGGGGGUGCUUACCGAGGCUUGCCAUGUUCAGAGCAGUUUAUCACCUGCUUCUGGGUUCAGCGGUAGCUCUAUAUUUUAAUAUUUUUUUUGUUGUCGUUUGUUUGUGUGUUUGGAGGGAAGGGAGGGAAGAGGCGGUAGGGGAGGGGCCUAAACCCAUUUGGCAGAUAGAGAUCUGGAGAUGUGCAAGGUUUAGACAAAUAAACACAAUGAUUUAUGGAUGGAGGAGAAUUAUGGAGGAGCUAAAAUGUCCUGUGCCCUCACACAACCCAAUUUGCUGGAUAAGUGGAACUUGGACAUUUAACCUCAACCUUUUCAUUUUUUUUUUUUUUUUUUUUUUUUGUCUUUUCUCCUGAUUUUUAUUUUGAAAUGCUCACUUCCAGCAAAUGUGAGUUAACGGGUUAAGUGCUGUACAUACUUAUUUUUCCCAGUAUGCAAAAUACAUUCAGAUAAUACUUGGCAGGCUUUUAGGGCUUCUGGAUGAUCAUAAAUUAAAAAAAAAGUAUGAAAUAGUGAAAUAAAGACAGCAGUUUCAUUUUUGCAGAGUACUGUAGAUAGGUUUGCGUUAAGGCUAAGUUUAAAUUCUUAUCUCCUGUAGAACCUUUUUCUUAUGACUGUUGAAUGGUACACAUGCGUGGGAAUGCCUAGGACCUCUAAAAUGCCUUGGAGCGUCAAUCCAUACUAAACACCUUCUACUGGCUUUUGACUUGAGUUUGCAGUUUGCAGUAUCCCUCCCCUAACCCUUUCCCUCCUCCUUUGUCAUAAGUUAACAUCAAGUUCAUCCAUGACGCCCAACCAUCCGUGAUGAAUUUGUGAAUGUCCAUGUUUGUCGGCAUCAACAAGCUAAGCAAAUGAUACUGGCACUGAAAGAUGGAUUUGAAUAGUAACCCCCUCCUGCCUUAAACAUAACAAUGAGAGACGGUCACCACACCACCUCUUGAAUAGGUGGGGAAAGUGAAAGAAAAGCUUCAAAAGUAAUGUGCCUGGUAGUGGCUGAGGCCCUGACCUGUCUCUUUAUCUCUUUCUGCCUCCCUCCAUCCUCCGGAGUCUUGACCCCCACAGCAAAGGCCAGGGGCAGAGAGAGCGGAGGAGGGACAGGAAGGGGCGGAGUUUUAACAUUCCAUAUUGUCUUAAAGAAAGGAUAUUACUGUAUUCUGAUCUAUGCAAUCAUAUAUAUAUACAAUGUAAACCAUGUUCUGAGGGGGAAAUUGAAAGAAUUGAGCGGUCAUCUGAUUGGUGUGAUAUGUUCCAAAUGAUUUCCUGUGAUAUCAGUGAGGGAAAGGGUUGGAGAGGUCGUGGCAAUGUUUGGAGGGAGAAGGGGAGAAAAAGAGGAGGAAAAGAAGACGUUGACUAAAAGCCUGUUCUUUUUCCUGCCAGGUUGGAAAGCAUUGAACUUAAACAAAAUCGUGACUUUCUUCAUUUUUUUUUGUACUCUUUAAUAUCAAACCUGAUCUGCUGUACUGGUUUGUUUGCUAAGAAACAAACAAAACCUGCUUUCUGUCUCAAGUGAAUUUCACAUGCACACAUAAAGUUUCCUUAUAAAAUAUUACCACUUGAA